AUGCCGCCGGGCGGCGCGGACUACCUCGGCCCGAUCAGCGCGACGCCGAUGAAGAUGGUGACCGAGAUGCUCGCGUUCGCGGGGCCGCUCUCGUCGAGCGACGUCGUGUACGACCUGGGAUGCAACGACGGACGCGUGCUCGUGGAGGCCGCGCGAGCGCACGGAUGCGCGGGCGUCGGCGUGGAGAUCGACGCGAGGGCGGUCGCGAAGGCGAGACAGAUGGCGAAAGACGCCGGCGUGGACGCGCUCGUGAAGAUCGUCAGAGGCAACGCGGUGAAGGCGGCGAUUCGCGACGCGACCGUCGUGUUCGUGUACCUCCUGCCCGCGGGGAACAGAAAGAUCGCGCGAAAGCUCAUGCGCGAGCUCGCGCCCGGCGCGAUCGUGAUGACGUACGUGUUCAAGCUCCCCGAGGCGUGGUGGGGACCGUGGCUGGUCGCGAGCGAGGCGGCGGCGUCGACGAGAGCGCGCGCCGCCGGCGGCGUCGACGCGUCCGCGUACAACAAGCUGUUCAAGUACGUCGUCCCGGAGACGAAACCGGCGUGGUGCCGCGAGGGCGAGGAAGAGGGCGAGGAGGGGGAGGAGGAGGCGCGGCGGGGGUGGGCGGGGAGGAUUCGGACUCGGAUUAAGAUUCUCGUCGCGAGACUGGUCCCCAUACGACCGCGUUCGCGUGGUGAACGCCGUUUCUUAAGGACUUUCUUUUCCCGCGCGGCGGCGGCGGGCGUCGUCGCCGCCGCCGCCGUCGCGGCGAUUCGGCCAGCCCGGCGAUAG